AUGAACGCUUUGGUCCUUGUCACUCUCGCCGCUCUAUCUCUAGCAGCAGUGUCAGCCUAUGGCCACGGCUACGGAGGUCACUCAGGAGGAGGCGGUGGAGGACACGGGGAAUUCAUCUCCGGAGAGCACGUAGGUCCCUUCCACGUAGCCGGACCCUCCUACGGCCCAUCCCAAAUCUCAGGACCCCAUUUCGCCGCUGCUGGAGUAUCUGGACCUAGCGUUGGACCCGCUUCCGUUGACGGACCAAGCGUAGCCACCGUAGGAGUCUCUGGUCCCGUCAACAACGGAGCCGUCCUUUCCGCACCAGCAUUCGGAGGUGUCACCUUCACUGGAGGAGCCGGAGGUGGUGGUGGUGGUGCUGGUGCUGGUGGUGACGGUGCUGGCGGUUGUGGUGGUGCUGGUGGCGCCGGAGGUCACUGUGGCGGCUGGGGAGGUCAUGGAGGUUACGGGCAUGGACAUUACUAAGAGGAUUUGGACUGGCGACGUUUGCGUGAUAUUUUCGUUUGUAAAUAGGAUUCCUUUGAUAAAUGAAAGCAUCGCCGCACUACCUUAGAAGACUAAUAUUUUUGUACUAUUCUGUAUUAUGUGUUUUGUAUGUUUGUAUUUGUUUGCAAUAUAUGUUUCUUAAAGAAAUUAA